AUGGCAGUUGGUAAGAAUAAAAGAUUAUCUAAAGGUAAAAAAGGUUUAAAAAAGAAGGUUGUUGACCCAUUCACCAGAAAAGAUUGGUUUGACAUUAAAGCCCCAUCAACUUUUGAAAACAGAAACGUUGGUAAGACUUUAAUCAACAAAUCCACUGGUUUAAAAAAUGCUGCUGAUGGUUUAAAAGGUAGAGUUGUUGAAGUUUCAUUAGCUGAUUUACAAGGAUCAGAAGAUCACUCUUACAGAAACAUUAAAUUAAGAGUUGAUGAAGUUCAAGGUAAAAAUUUAUUAACCAACUUCCACGGUAUGAACUUUACUUCUGAUAAAUUAAGAUCAUUAGUUAGAAAAUGGCAAUCAUUAGUUGAAGCUAAUGUUACUGUUAAAACUGCUGAUGAUUACGUUUUAAGAGUUUUCGCUAUUGCUUUCACUAAAAGACAACAAAACCAAAUCAAAAAGACUACUUAUGCUCAAUCUUCCAAAUUGAAAGAAAUCAGAAAGAAAAUGAUGGAAAUCAUGCAAAGAGAAGUUUCAAAUGUUACUUUAGCUCAAUUAACUUCCAAAUUAAUCCCAGAAGUUAUUGGUAGAGAAAUUGAAAAAUCAACUCAAACUAUUUAUCCUUUACAAAAUGUUCAUAUUAGAAAAGUUAAAUUAUUAAAACAACCAAAAUUCGAUUUAGGUGCUUUAAUGGCUUUACACGGUGAAGGUUCAGUUGAAGAAAAAGGUAAGAAAGUUUCCAAAGGUGGUUUCAAAGAUGUUGUCUUGGAAUCUGUUUAA